CGUCAUGGGUUCAGAGUUGAAAGUUCAAGCCGGCGUUUUGCAACAUGCUCGGCUAAAUGCUUUCAUAACAUCUUCAUCUGUGGCAAGAUUCUUCUGCUUUGGUAUAAAUCAGAAAUCCAAUCAUGUUACUAGCUUCUAUAAGGACAACCUUACUAAAUGGUUGCAGACGAACUGGGGGUGGAAUUCACAGUAACGGUGCACAGUACCGACAGUGGCUGGUGAGAAGGAGCCACAGCACCAUCACAGCCGAGGCAGGGGCUUCGUCCUCCCCAUCAGCAGCAGUCAGUGUUCCCAAUGCAACCACAAACAGGACAGUUGGUCGCUGGUUACUUGGCUGCAGCGGUCUUGUUGUUGGUGCUGUUGUCCUUGGUGGCGUCACACGGCUAACCGAAUCCGGCUUGUCUAUGGUUGACUGGCAUCUAGUGCGAGAGAUGAAACCUCCACAGUCGCAGGCAGAGUGGGAAGCAGAGUUUUCCAAAUACCAGCAGUUUCCCGAAUUCAAGAUAAUGAACCAUAACAUGACUUUACCGGAGUUUAAGUUCAUCUUCUACAUGGAGUGGGGUCAUCGAAUGUGGGGUAGGCUUGUGGGACUGGCCUACAUCCUCCCCACUGUGUACUUCUGGAGGAAAGGCUACUUCACUCGCUCCAUGAAGGGGAAAGUGCUUGGGCUAUGUGGAUUUGUCUUUUUUCAGGGCCUGUUGGGUUGGUACAUGGUCAAAAGUGGUCUGGAGGAGAAGCCAGAGUCACAUGACAUCCCGCGAGUCAGUCAGUAUCGACUCAGCGCCCACCUUGGUUCUGCCUUACUCCUUUACUGUGCCAGUCUGUGGACCGGCCUUAACCUACUUCUGCCUGCCCACAAGUUGGCGGAAACCAAACGCCUCAUGCAGCUUCGGAGGUUUGCCAAGGGAACAGGUGGACUCGUCUUCCUCACAGCUCUUUCAGGUGCUUUUGUGGCCGGUUUGGAUGCCGGCUUAGUGUAUAACUCCUUCCCUAAAAUGGGUGAACGUUGGGUCCCUGAUGACCUGCUGGCCUUCUCCCCCACGCUCAAGAACUUCUUUGAGAACCCCACGACGGUGCAGUUUGACCACAGGAUCUUAGCAAUCUCCUCUUUGACGGCCAUCACUGGGCUGUAUGUGUUCUCCAGAAGGAUGCUGCUGCCCAGGAGAGCUAAGAUAGCCAUCAGCCUCCUCACAGCAAUGGCAUACGGACAGGUUGCACUGGGGAUUAGCACCCUUUUACUCUACGUGCCCACUCCGCUGGCAGCAACUCACCAGUCUGGAUCCGUGGCGCUGCUCUCGCUGGCCAUUUGGGUUCUGGCCGAGCUCCGGAAGAUGCCUAAAUAAUGAUGGAAGCAUUCUGGAUUUGCUACUUCUGAAGCUUGGGGAAAUGGCAGGUUUCUUUUCAAACAAGCCACUCAAGAAGACAAAUAAGAUGAAACAUCUAUGCACACAAUCUACAGCCAUUUCUUCAAAAUGAUUCAAACUAGGGUAUCGUGUUUCCUCAAAUAGCGGAUGUCCAUUUUCAUCUACGACAGAUGUGUCAUCCACAAAUAAACGCCUCGCUCAAAUUUGCCCAUCUCUUUUCCUAUCAGAGAAAAAAAGGGACAUUAAUCAGUUCAGUUCUUAGACGCUGUUGUUUUCACAUCAGCAUUGGUUUGACUUAAUGGCUGAAAAAGUCUGUUGCUCGCAAAGCAUUUAAACAUUCCUGUGAAGAUUUACUAUUUGUUCUGACCCGUGUCCCUCGGUUCAUUUCGCCUUAAUAAUCAUAUUAACUUGUUUUAAAAAUCUGUGAAAAAUGAUUAUAAUAUAACAAUCAUGAAAUAAAACGUGAACUCUAAAGGGCAUCCUUGGCCACUAUUUGAGGAAAUAAGACAACACAAUUACAGCAUUUAGUGUUCCAGCCACACAAUUUCAUGUUGGUUUGACUGGAUUGUUUGUCAAGACUGAAUUUCUGUUUAUGAACCCACUUGCACAUGCUUUGAAUGCAAUUAUCAAGUUAUAUUUGUGUCUCCGUCACUUAACUGCCGAAGCUCUUGGAAUUUUUACUGUAUAAAAUGUUUAUUGAAAUCAUGAUGUUCUUCUUGAUGACAGUGAUGAUAAAUUAUGGAUAGAUGUUUUUAUUCCUUGAAUUAUUUCAAUAAAAUGUACAGUCUUAAAACAA